AAGUUGGUGGUGCAUGGGCUACUUUGUUCCUAUUAUUUCCUUCUUCUCCAUUCUCCUCUUCCUUUUCAUUCCAAUAAUAACUUCCAUGCAGAUUAAUUAUAUUAUGCUUGUUGUAAAUAAUGCUUGAUUUGUUGUAAGUGUCUCUUCCGGCUACCAAAUGGUGAACACAAUCUCGAAUACCACCUUUUCCUUAAACACAAGCAUAUGGAUUUGCGAAGACACAACUUUGUUUCAAAGUUCAAAAGGAAUAUUCUUUGGAGAAAACCCUUUAAACUUCGUAGUAUUAGUGGUCAUUCUACAAGGCUCCUUAGUUUGUUUUACAAACGCAUGGUUGGAAUUCAUUUUGAUGCCACUUGGGGAAACAACCUUUGUUUCACAAGCCAUGGCAGGGUUUCUAAUGGGACCAUCGGUACUGGGACAAUUUAAAUGCCUUAAAAAGUUUUUUUUCGCCCCAAAACCUUUCUUCGUGUGUGAGACGAUUUCUCUUUUGGGAACCAUGAUAUUCCUCUUCUCGAUGGGAGUAAAAAUUGAUAUAUCUAUGGUGAUGAGAACAGGGAGAAAGACUUGGGCCAUUGGCGUGUGUUCUUUUGUGUUGCCACUCGCAUUUAGCAUAUUUUAUGCUUUUCUUCUACGUCAAGUUUUGCCCCCAGGGACAGAUAUCUACAAGUCCCUAUUUUACAUAGCAGCUUUCUCAUCAGCUGGUUCCUUUCAAGUCGUUGCGAAUCUUUUAGAAGACUUCAAGCUCCUAAAUUCAGAGGUUGGUCGAUUAGCAAUCUCUUCAUCAAUGGUAAAUGGAGUACUCUGUGCGAUAUGGCAGAUUAUUGCAGUCUCACGACAACAAAAAAUUAUAUUUCAAGACACAUACCAGUCUUCCUCCAAAUGGAUAGCAAUUUCUCUGUGUGUUAUGGUGAUUAUCAUCCUAUGUGUUCUUCGACCUAUUAUGCUAUGGAUGAUACGCAGGACACCCAAAGGGAGGCCUAUGAAAGAGUCCUACUUAGUUUCUGUCUACGUUAUGGUGUUGGGGUGUUCCUUAUUUGGUGAGUUCAUCGGGGAGCACUACUUGAUUGGGCCUAUAAUUCUUGGCCUAGCAGUGCCAGAAGGUCCACCUCUUGGAUCAGCAUUGGUAGAAAGGCUAGAUACCUUCGUUUCAGUAGUGCUUAUGCCAUUGUUCUUCCUCACUAGUAGUGCCAAAUUUAAACUCCAUCUAGUUGAUACCUAUAGCUUUGCAAUUGUGCAGCCUGUGGCCUUUUUUGGCUUCCUUGGGAAGGUGAUAGGAACCAUGUUGCCCUCAAUAUACUGCAACAUGCCACUCACUGAUGCUCUCAUCUUAGGUCUCAUCAUGGGUGCCCAAGGCAUGACACAUAUUCUUCACUUCCAGAAUUUACAAUACCUUCAUAUUAUAGAUGAUCAAUCAUACGCUCAAAUGGUAGUAGCUUUAAUGUGGUUGACAGCAGCUUCCACACCCAUAGUGAAAUUCAUGUAUGACCCAACCAAGAGUUACUUGUCCUUAAACAGGAGGAGGACCAUUGAGCAUGCCCCUCCCCGUACUAUACUUCCUUUGAUGGCAUGCAUAUACCAUGAAGAAAACACCCCACCCUUGAUCAAUGUUCUAGAAAUGUCCAACUCCUCAACUGAGAGUCCCAUUUGCUUAUAUGUUCUGCAUCUCAUUCAGCUAACAGGAAGAUCGGCACCAGUUUUAAUCGACCAUGAAGCCAGCAAUAAGUCCGUUAAUCCAUUGAAGUCUUCUUAUUCACAGAACAUAAGAAAUGCCUUCAAAUCAUACGAGAACCAACAAAUGGGCAAUGUGAUGGUGAAAGUCCUCACAUCCAUAUCCCCUUAUGAGACAAUGCAUGAUGAGAUAUGCUUGCAAGCGGCAAAGAAACGAGCAUAUAUGUUGAUUGUGCCUUUUCAUAAGCAGUGUGGACCAACUCAAAUUUUGGAAUCAGCACAACCCAUAAGAGCAUUGAACCGCCAUUUGCUAAGAACUGCGCCUUGCUCCGUUGGGAUCCUAGUUGAGCGUGGCAACUUGAUCAGUAAUAACCCUUUAACAAGUAUGUCCUUCUACAGUGUUGGAAUUUUGUUUGUGGAAGGGGCAGAUGACCGUGAAGCCUUGGCAUAUGCAAUGCGCAUGGCUGAUCACCCCAAUGUAAAGGUCACAGUAAUUCGAUUAAUGGAGCCUCGCAGGAAGAGUAGAAAUUUGGCCAGUAGAGACCCUGAUGGUGACUUGAUUCACAAGUUUAUGGUUGACUACAUUCAUAUCAAACGCCAUGAUUAUAGAGAGGAAGCUGUGAGAGAUAGUGUGGAAAUGGUCAAUGUCAUUAGGUCGCUUGAAGGUUGCUAUGAUUUGAUUUUGGUGGGUAGACGCCACCAGAACGAGUCUUCGUUGUUUUCUGGAUUGACAGAGUGGAUCGAAUUUCCAGAACUUGGCCUUAUAGCAGACAUGUUAGUGUCUUCAGAUUCUACUUUUGAUGGGUCUGUGUUGGUGGUGCAGCAACAAAAUAAGGCAGGGAUUGGUCUUCUUGAUAUUCAUCCAGAAAAUUCCAUCGUUAAAAAGCAAGAACCCUUACCCAUUGUGGAAGUGACUGUGGCACAAAGGCGUGACCAAUAGUUUAACCGUUGAACAUAUCAGGAAGUUUUAGAUUCCAUACAUCGAGUACUUACUUUAAUUACUUACAAUUAUUUUGUAAAUACUUUGUAGGUAAAUAAACAUUGGAUAAUAAUAGAUUUGUAUAUAUACACAUGUAAUUUGUAUAAAGUAAUUCAAAUGAAGGCAUCACAAUCCUUUGUUAUU